AUGGGAAGAGUCCUCCGCGUACCCAGAGGCGGCCUAAAACACUUGUCAUCCCUAGAAAUCCUGCAUGGCUUCGAGCAUGCAAUCCGGCCACUCUUCCUCCCAGGUCCACGUAACAAACCCCAACAGCCCGCUCGCGAUCUCACAAAGCACCUCAUGGACCACGAAGGCGUAUUACUCAUGCCAGACGUCAUGAGCCACCUCUACACGCGCGUCGAAAAGCACACCUUCGCAACCCCCCAGUCGCGACGAAAGUGCUGGGGCAUCCUCCUCCCAGACAUGUCGCCCACACCCGGUACAUCCAUCACCCUCGAAGUAAAACCGAAAUGGCUCGCGCAAUCGCCCAACGCACCACCUGGAGCAAUCCGCUGCCGCACCUGCGCCAUGCACGUUUCUGUACCCAAGAAAAGGGAUAACUAUAUCUGUCCCCUGCAGCUGCUGCAUGGAAACUCCUCGUCCCUACUACCAUGGUCCCAAGCGACAGUUUCCGAACAGUUCGACAGCAAUACUGGGAAAGAAGCCCGACCAUCCCCCGCCGUCAUCGCCGCGCUUGUAAAAGCACUCGUGGAUUACCUUACCAUCAGCGACGGUCUCGCGCUCCUACAACACCUCCUCAAUCUGCAGAGUUCGCUUGAUCCGCGGGGUGUGCUUUGUCGACCUAAGAGUAACGCCGAGGCGUUUGAUCAUAACCUUAGGCUGGCCAUGACGCUGAGGGACUGCUCGAUGUUCAUCAAGGUUGCGUAUGACAAGGCUGGUGUUACGGGGAUAGAAUCGAAAUUGGGGGACUUGGAUUUCAAGUCGGCGGAGAAGAUUGUGGAUUGGAUGGAUAAGGAGAGGGGGUUGUUGCUGGAUGGGUCGUAUACGAAGGGGGUGAAAGAGGGGCCGGUGUGUUGGCUUCAGAGGGGUUUGGGCGUUUGA